AUGGCGUCGGUGGAGGCGGUCCCAGAUGCAAUGCCCGCAGCGCACCGCGCGCCGCAUGCGCCGCCACCGCGUGCGCGCAACCGUCCUUCGCCUUCUGUGCCCCCUGAGAGCAUAGUCGAGCGGCUGUGCAAGCAGAGCGAGUUUCAAGGCACGUUCCGAGCGCCGGAAUUCAUCGCGACGCUCUCCGAGCCGCACCUUGCGAAAACACGCGGAGAGCCCGUGUUUGAUGCACACGCGCUUGUAGACACGUUUGGCAAGGCACUUGCGGAGCUACGAAACAUACGUACCAACGUAACGGGAAAAUGCGCUUCGCUCAACUCUGCCGUGCAAGUCUCCCAAUCUGUGUACACAAAAAAGCUGCGCCAGCUCUCCAACAACUUCGACGCGACCCAGACUUCCUUUGAUGCUUUGCAGACGCGGAUAUCAGAGGUGGGGCGCAUUGCAAUCCGCAUUGGCGAGCAGCUGGAGGCGCUCGAUCGACAGCGGAUGCGCGCCAGCGAGACGUACGACCUGAUCCAGUACUAUUACAUGUUUGCGCGCGGCGAUACGAGCCGCUUGGAUAAGCUGCGCAAUGAUGGCGGGCGCGAGGGCAGGCUCAAGGCAGCCAUGAUUGCCAGGCGCCUUGCCGCGAUCAGCCGCGAGGUCGAUAUGCCGGGCAGCGCAGCGACGCGCGAUGCUGUCGAUGCCUACUGCGAGCAGUUCGAGCGCGAUAUGUUGAAGCUAUUUGACAAAUACUAUCGUCGCUCGGACCCGAAGAUGAUGUCGCACAUUGCCCAUGUCCUGCAAAGCUUUAACGGCGGCGUAAGCUGCAUCCAGCUCUAUGUCAACCAGCACGAUUUUUUCAUCUCCAAGGACCGUGUCGUCGAGGCGGAAAGGAUUGGCGCUUCGCGCGUUUGGGACCAGAUCACGGACCCCAGCGCGAACCCACCGCGCACAGAGCCCUCUUUGCACGCCUUGUUCGCUGAGAUCCGGGACACGGUCGAGCUCGAAGCGCAGAUCAUUGCCGCCGUCUUUCCCAAUGCCUUGCUCGUCAUGCAGACUUUUCUGCAGCGUGUGUUUGCCCAGAGCGUUCAAGGAUACAUUGAGGCCAUUAUGCAGCGUGCCCAAGAAAUUGAUCUGCAGCACAUCUCUGCCACCGCACGCCUGGAUCCGACCGCCGACGUUUCGGGGCUCGCAUUUCUGCGCAUGCUGCACGUCACCCGCAGCUCUGCUCUUGCAUUGGUCGGCGAUCUAAAGACGAUUGAUUUGCGCAGUGCGGGCAUUACCGUGUCCAAUGCCCCGCUUGGAAUCCCAAGUGGUCUGGACGGCGUAUUUAGCUACGCUGGCGCAGAAACAGAUGCACUCGCCGCCGGCGCCCUCUUGGGGCACCACUAUUCUGCUGCUCAAGUUGCCGCUGCCGGCGGCAGUCCGCUGGGUGCCAUGCUCGACCAAGCCGUGGAAGAAAUCUUUUCGCCCUACCUCGAUCACAUCAAGUACAUCGACCGUGAGUGUCGUGUCCUGAGUAUGCUGUAUGCAACUGCGCUGCAACCCUUCUUUGAGUGGCACCGCAGCAUGAUCAAAGCGAGCAGGGCGAACGCGACCAUCUUUAGUAGGGUCCGCGAACAAUUCACAGGGAGUGCUACCGCAUCGUUUGGCAGUAGCGUCGCAUUUGCGACGCUCGCAGACAACCAAAACACGCAAAAUGCGCCCGUGUCCUCUUUCAAAAAGUUGGUCGACCGCGCGCGCGGUGCAGUGAGCGAGGAAGAGGUGCCCAAACCACUCGAUGACCCAAACGCGCCGCCCGACGCGCGCGGCGAAUUGGACUUGUCGCUUGCAAGCGACAUGCUUCGCUGGCACGCCGAGGUGCUUGGGCGCUGCAUGGAUUUGAGCACGGCUACCGAAGUGCCAAAGUGCACGUUUGCCCUUUUGCGUGUCCUCACAGACGCAUUUCUCAAGGCGUACGUCGAGGCUGCGCUCGAAACCACCACCGUGCAGCUGUUUGCCUACGAUGGGCGCUCCGCCGUUGCUCCAGACUUGGACAUUUUUGUGCUGGUCAUGCGUGUAGAGCAGCUUGUGACGCUCUGGCAGCAUUAUGUGCAAACUGCCGUGCUGCCGCUCACGGCGCCAAGCGUCACCAUCCGCCGCGAAAUUGGCAUUUACAACAACCACAACAUUUUGCGUGUCGAGGGCAAGUGCGAAGCGCUCUUGCAGAAAUUUACCGACAACAUGCUUGCAUAUUUUAGCGCGACGCUUGCAACGCAGAAAAAAUCCGACUACAGCCCAAAGAACGACGAUGUGAUGUUUGCACGUCUCAAUACGGACCCCUGCCUGGCCAUUGUCGAGGUUCUGGGGCGUCUGAAUUCAGACGCACGCAAAUAUCUGUCGCAGCGCACGCAGGAGACAUUGUUCGCUGAAAUUGGGCUCGGGCUCCACGCGUUGCUCUUGGAGCACUUGAAGAAGUUCACCGUCAGCGCCACGGGCGGCCUCAUGCUGACCAAGGAUUUGGCCAUGUACCAGGACGCUUGCAAUACCUUCCAGGUCCAAACUGUCUCGGCCAGGUUCGAAAUGCUUCGUCAGCUCGGUAACCUGUUUAUUGUUCAGCCCAGCGUGCUGAAUUCUUACAUGCGCGAAGGGCACUUGGGCAAGAUUGAUGAGGCACUAUUGAAGCCAUACCUGUUGCGCAGACAGGAUUACACCCGCGAAGUGCGCGAUUUGCGCGACGACAAAGCAGCCGAGCAGACAAGCUCUUCUCUCUUUGCGUCGCUUAACUUGGGGAGCCUGGGCCUGCACGAUGCAGCGGCACAGUCUUCUGCGGAUGCGGAUGCCGCGCGCUUUCUCACGGACCUCGACGAGAGCCCGGAAUGGAUGGAGCCCCUCAUGCGCCGGCCCUCAAAGCUGCAUAGGACUGGAUCGCCUGCUUCGCCUUCAACAACGCCGCACUCGUCGCAAGCCCGGAAUUCGCCUCUUGGCGUAUCGCCCGAACCAGCACGCGUCGGUACCUCGCGCACGCCCUCACCAGUGCAGAUGCGUCGUGAUCGGAUGACGCAGCUAAACAAUUUGGUGCAGGAUUUUGAGGCAAUGUAA